AUGGCCGCGCCGGAUCGGAGGGCGGGGGCCGGGGGCGGGGGUUCGAGGCGAUCGUCGCGGGAGGAAGCGUCGGGCGUGGGGAUUGGGGUGGGUUUCUUCCGUUCGCCGGCGUGUGAAGGGGAAGAAGUUGAAGGAAGUGCCGAUGCGGGCACGCCGCACGCGGCUGCCUCAUCUGUACGUUAUCGGGCUCGGGCUUGGGCUGGGUCCUGGUCAAUCCGGUCCGACCUGGGUGGGCAGAGCCGUGACGGAUUCGGUUUGCUUUUCGGACCCGCGGGGCCCACUUCAGGCCCAGGAAGGCAGGUGAUGCGGGAUGAUGGGCCGGCCGGUUUUGCGCCCUCUCCUAUCGUGCUGCCGUGUGACACCGGCCGCUCCGGCCUCCGGCGGCCGCGGCAGAAAGCGAAGCUCGACCGCUCGAGACUGGAGCGGCGCGACGGCGUGGCUCGCCCGGGUUCUUGUCGGCACCCGCGGCUGCGAGCUGGCAGUGUGGAGGAGGAGGGCGGCCGGCGCCCGCGUCCGGGUCUUCCGUCUGCGCGCCUAUCGCGUAUUUUGAUCUCGGGUGCCUCGAAAUCGAUCGCCCAGAACUACCGACCAGCGAGCUCUGAAGGUUGUCACGCGCCGCUCCUGCCAAAACCAAGAAAUUAUUAUGUCUUGGACUAAAAAAAGAAUCGGAAUGGGAAGUAUUCGAUCUUAUAUUUC